AAUAAAGGUACAAAAGCUGUCACUGGGGCAGUGCCUUUUCAAAAUGUUGUACCUGUUAGGUUCAAAUAAGUACUAAUAUGUACCUUUAAGGUACCAAAAGGUGAACAGCUUUUGUACCUUUAUUUCUGAGAGUGUGGGACACUUUUAUAUUUUAUUUCAAAGUUAGUUCCACAACAACAAUCUUUCUUUAUACUUCUUAUACUUUCUAUUUUGAAUAAAUCAUGUUCUUUUCCUGACUUAUAUGUCAUUCUUUUAUAAAGUAUAUUAAAAUAAAAAAAGUAAUAAUCUUUAUAAUGAUAAAUAUAUUAUAACUUAAGUUUUUGAUUAGUAAUAUGCAUUGCCAUUUUAUUUCGGGCAACUUUAAAGGCAAUUUCUUUAGUAUUUAAUUUUUUUUAUUUAUUUAUUUUUUUGCACACUAAGAUUCCAGAUUUUCAAAUAGUUGUAUCUCAGCUUUCAGAUGAUGUUUACAUCUCAAUUUUGAAAAUUGACACUUAUGACACUUAUAAAAAACCUAGAAAGGAUUUUAGAGACCCUGCCAUGAACUUUCUUCAUAAGCAACCUUCUCCUGUUGACACAGUAUUUCAUUUGUUUUGUAGUUUUAGUUGUUUUGUUUAAAUUUAUUGUCGCCCACUAUAUUAGACAAAAAAAUCAUUUUAGUUACAUAAAGGUAAAUACAGUGGUCUAUAGAUGAUGAAAAAAAAAAUCAGUAAAACAUUACAUAAAAACAAGCAUGAUUUCAUUUGUCACACAAAUCAGGGACAACUCUUUAGAUUCAUGAUGCCACACUGAAACAAACCCUGGCUUUAACCUUUCUGUAGUGAGUUCUGAUGAUUGUAGGAAGCCGAUGUAUUUCAGGAAGUUUGCUCUUUAUCUGUUUAUGCCGCACAUCAUUGUAACUUUUCUCCUGAUUUUGUCUUCAGUUAUAAAAGCAUUUGUCUAAAUGGAACACGCACAAGUUUAAUUCUUCAAAAAUGUAAACUUACACAAAUAUUUUCCCGCCAUGAAAAAUCAUUUACUGGUGAGCUUUAGCAAUUUCCCACUAGAGGGCAGAAUUGACCUUACUUAGAGCUGCUGGAUGGCUGAAAAUGAAAAAUAAGUAAAUGAAAAAUUCUUAAACUUGUAAACAUCAAGCUGCAGCUAAAAAUGAUCGAGUUAUUGCCUAUUUUGAUGCACCAUAAAAUUUCUUAAAUAUCAGACAUCCUGGAUCAGAUUAAAAGGCUAAUUAUUCUUCCAUCCAAAAAAAAAAGAAACGUAUCUACGUAUUUGGUUGAUGGUGCCAGACGGACUGGUCUGAGUAUUUCAGAAACUGCUGAUCUACUGAGAUUGUCAUACACAACCAUCUCCACGGUUUACAGAGAAUGGUCAGAAAAAGAGAAAAUAUCCAGUUGUGUGGGCGCAAAUGCCUUGUUGAUGCCAGAGGUCAGAGGAGAAUGUCCAGACUGGUUCAAGCUAAGAGAAAGGCAACAGUAACUCAAAUAAACACUCUUUACAACCGAGGUAUGGAGAAGAGCAUCUCUGAACGCACAACACGUCGAACCUUGAGGCGGAUGGGCUACAGCAGCAGAAGACCACACCGGCCCCACUCCUGUCAGCUAAGAACAGGAAACUGAGGCUAAAAUUCGCACAGGCUCACCAAAAAUGGACAAUAAAAGAUUGGAAAAACGUUGCCUGGUCUGAUGAGUCUCGAUUUCUGCUGCGACAUUCGGAUGGUAGGGUCAGAAUUUGGCGUCAACAACAUGAAAACAUGGAUCCAUCCUGCCUUUGGGUUGGUGGUGGUGGUAUAAUGGUGAGAGGGAUAUUUUCUUGACACACUUUGGGCCCAAAAGUAACAAUUGAGCAUUGCGUCAACGCCACAGCCUACCCGAGUAUUGUUGCUGACCAUGUCCAUCCCUUUAUGACCACAGUGUACCCAUCUUCUGAUGGCUGCUUCCAGCAGGAUAACGCGCCACGUCGUAAAGCGUUAAUCAUCUCAGACUGGUUUCUUGAACGUGACGAUGAGUUCACUGUGCUCAAAUGGCCUCCGCAGUCACCAGAUCUCAAUCCAGUAGAGCACCUUUGGGAUGUGCGGAACGGGAGAUUCGCAUCAUGGAUGUGCAGCUGACAAAUCUGCAGCAAUUGCGUGAUGCUAUCAUAUCAAUACGGACCAAAAUCUCUGAGGAAUGUUUCCAGUACCUUGACGAAUCUAUGCCACGAAGGAUUAAGGCAGUUCUGACGGCAAAAGGUACUAGCAAGGUAUGCCUAAUAAAGUGGUCGGUGUGUGUGUGUGUCAUUGAAUAUGUCCUUUAUAAGCUAAUGCAAUGUUUUAUGUUCCUUAUUAAAUCUGAAUUUCAUUAUCUUGUGUGUGUGCAUGUAUAGAAUGAUCAACAAUUAAUAAACGUAAAUGGGGCCAGGACUGAAUGAGGCGCUAUAAACAAUUCAGGUACAUUUGAUUAAGUGAAGAGAAAACACUCCCAGGAGUGUGAAUGUCCUCACUCUUUUCGUUCAGUCCUGCACAUAUGAUAAUUCUGGGGCUAUAUAUAGGAUUUCUGCUAGUAAAGUCAUAGAGAGUUAUAAAUAAUGCGUUUGAAAAUAUAUCUUUUGAUCCUAAUUAUAGCGUGCUGCCGUCUCUAUGAAUGUGACUGCAUUCGUUCGUUGUAAUAUCAGCUGCACAAAACAUAUAAAGCUCAAGUCUCUGCAGGACUGCAAAAGUAAAACUUAUGUGAGGAACAUGAUGAAAUAACUUAACAGAAGCUAAUCAUAAACGGAUCACUGAAAAUGUUUUGCCAAAUGCCAACUUUCAGCAUGGGCAGUAAAAACAUAUAAUCACUUUUUAUAUAAAUAUGGAUCUAUGCGCAUUUGAUAUUGUAUUUCCAACUCAUGCCCGGUAUAUUCAUAUAUAAAAACACGUAGUAGAUUGUUUAGCAUUAAUAAUUGAAUUGCCUAUAGUGGCAGUGUUUUUUUCUCAAGAUUCCACACAAAGCCGGAUCACAUGUCUCGUCGUCCUUGAGCACGCGCUCGCAGUCACCGCGCUGUAAAUCACGCAAAACUUAAGGACUUCUUCCCACUUCGGCCAACUUCAUUGGCUAAAUAAACGAGAUGUUGGGAUGGAUAUGGCAGAUGGCUAACUAACCCUUUCGUGUCCCUGACGCACUCCUUUGGUGGCGAUGCUUUGCACUGGAGGUGUCCCGCAUCAUUCAUCUGUUCGGUCAAAUCGUGCUAUAACCCACCAAUACCAGGAGACUUCCAUGGAUAGAUCCACACUUACCCAGCAGGUGGAGAGCGUUGAGCGUAAUGUAGCAUUUUUGCAGCAGGAGCACCGGAUCCUCCUGAGUGGUCUACGGCUAGAGAUUCGCAACCUGAAGAAAAGAUGCAAUGAGCUCAGUUGUGAUCUAAGUGAAAGACCACCAGUAAGAAGCCAAGAAGGUGAGUAUCAGAUAUCGCAAGACUCCAGUCAUUCCCACAUGUUCCCUCAACUACAUGUUAUUACAGAUAUCGAACUGGAGGAAGAGCUUCUGCAGGCACGAUUACUGGAGACAGAGCAGCAUUUGGCUGAGCAGGAAAGCACGUUGGUGGAGCUGCGGACGGAGCUACGGAAAAAAGGGGCACUCGCGAGCGCGCUGCAGGUUCGACUUCGAGAUGAAGAGCGGCGAUUCCUGGAGGAGCUGAAACGACGCAGUCAUAAGAUUACAACGCUGAGUCGUGACCUCCGCAAGCAGACUGACCUGGCCGCUCAGCUCUCCUUCCAACUGCAUUCAGCGCACUUUCGACUCUAUCACCAGACAGAAGACUACGAAGAAGAGGAUGAAGAAGAAGAGGAUGAAGGAGGCACCAUGCAGGAAUCAGAAUGGACUGCAAAUUCUCCGUGGACAUCUCCAGUAACAGCGGAAAGUCCACGUCAAAGUCGAGCUUCAGGAAGGGUGCGAAGAUCAGAAAGAGCGAGGGAGUGCGUGCCCCGGGAAAGAGUGCUUGGGCCUGAAGAGGCACGCCCAAUGCCCGAUCCCGCCCUUUUCCUUUAUCCUUUCAGACAUAGGCUUCUCCCCUUGCACAGGUCACUUGGAGGUCACUGGAGAGAAGGUGGUCUUUCAAGGAUGCCAGAAGCCCGAAUAGGUAGAUUCAGAGACCGACCAUUGAGGGAGGACAUUGGACCAGAGACAACCGAGUUAUAAAGGGCAACAGUGGCCUCGGUUCUGGAGGGAUUUUUCCAAUUCAUUUUGUCCUGGAGUUCAUAGCGUUUUUUUUAAAGGUGCUGUAUGCAAUUUUCACUGUGCUAAAGCAUAAAAUGACCAUAAUAUGUUCGCAGGUAUGUAGGAAAAAACUUACAGCCAGUUGUUCUGCUUUGAAAUGCGUGUUUUGUUUUGGUCUGUGUGAUACUGGCCACUGCUGAUAGUACUUUGAUACACCUGGUUGCCAGUUACUGGAAACCCUCGAAGUAUUGCAGUGAGCAAACAAAAUGGGUCAGAGUUCACAGAUUCUACCCUGCCUAAAAAGCCUUGGCAUCCAAUAUGAACAGAGGCUUAUUAAAACAUAGCUAAGUCAACUCAUCAGUUUAGAGUGUAAGGCUCGUUGGCCUCCGUUAUCAUUGUGCUCAUUCGUGUUUUGUGUCGUCAAUCUGGCAACCUGCAGUAUUUUGAAUUUGGUCCGCCUUACCCGUGUCAACUGCUAGCUGUCGAUAUCACAUACUGCACCUUUAAAAAGUCUUUCUUUAAGAGAUAUAAGCUAUGAGCCAAACCAGAGGUGAAUCACAAACAUUAAAGUUUGAUUUUAAGCAAAGAAAAUUGAUGAUGAUACAAAAGUAAGAGAAAUACAAAAACAUAUACCACUGAUUUGCAAUCUCAUAGCUCUGUCUUUUAUAUGUUAUUGUUAAAAAUCCAUUCCCCUAUGGAGAAAGUGAAUGGGACUUCCAGAACCUGCUGCAUUCUAGAAACUUCCCGACUUAAAUGACUCCAAGUUGUAAGGAAAGUUACAGAGCACCUGAAACAUACAUUGUGAUGUCCCUUUUUGAAAUGUGUCUUCUUUGUUGAAUCCAGAACACUCUAUAAACGAGUUUUCAUGCAGUCAUCAUUUGUGUCAAUGAAAUGAAUUAUUCUGAUCACAUUAGACACACUUUAGAAAAACAGGGAGGGCAGAUGCAGGUAAACAGGUAUAUAAUAUUGCUUUUGUGUUUUUGGUCUCUCCGUCUCUAUUUGAAAAGAGCUUUAUGAUGUAUUGAAUAUAUGUAUAAAGUGAAACAUGGUUUAUUUAUUAAAUACUACAAAAACUGUUCGUA